AUGGAGUUUCCUCACCGCCAAGCUGAUCCUCCGAACCAACAUCUCCUACACCACGAUCCUACGACGCAAGCUCAACCACCCGCAAAGGCACAGACGAGAAUAUCAAGAAGAGGUGUUCAGUGGAGGUCUCCAGCACUGAUGAUGUUGCUGUUUUUUGCCGGGAUAGUGUUCGCCAUAGGCCAUCACAUCUACUACCAGUCUCUGGACGACACCCCUGUCACAUCGACGAGCCAGCAGGAGUGGGCGAUCCGCAUCGGAACAGGACUUGCGUUUCUGGUCAAGGCGACACUCGCUGCUUCCAUCGGCAUCGCCUUCACGCAGUAUCUGUGGACCGUGGCAACGCGGAAGGCAAUGGCACUGCAGAGCAUUGACGACAUGUUCUCUCUGACCAAGAACCCCGCAUCCUUUGCCAACUUUGAGGUUCUCGUCGGGGUAAAGCUGCUGGUUUUGCUGGCCAUGGCGUCUUGGUUCAUGCCCUUGAUCGCAACAGUCACUCCCAGUACUCUGUCCGUGUACACCAAGAUGGUGACCAACGUCUCGAAUGUGGAAGUCCCUUGCAUGGGGUUUGCAAACGACCCGGAUAUUUGGUCCGACUCUAUGGGCGCGGGCUUCAUCAACGAGCCUUCUCCGGCCGUCACCCGCCUGCUGACUGCGACGUCGUCCUCGAUAGGAAUUCUACCCAUGACCGCAUCUUUUCCCAACUCGUCAUAUAGCCUUCAGUUUUAUGCUCCAGCAUUGAAGUGCGAGAAGCUGAGUGAUGCCGUCAAGAACGGUCAGCCCGUCGGCAGCUGCAACAACUGCACGUCACUGCAAAAGCUGUGGGAUACCAGCAUCGAUAUCAGCAAUGGUGCAAACUACAACUACUGGCAGGCCGUCAUGCCAGACGGGUCGCACAACCUAUUAUUCAUUCGCACGGGUGCAGGAAAGCUUAUGGAUGGCGAUCCGAAAAACAUUAGCUGCCAGCUUUGGAACGCACCUUACACAACACUGUUCACUUUUAGGGACGGCAUACAGACGACCAAGAUUCAGAGCCUGGAGUACGAGAGCACUACGGACUUCAACACGUCCGUCGCGUUUACGGAGCUGCCGGACGGUGGAAGAGCUUACUUGUCGAUGUAUCUGGCAAUGUCGAAUCUGCUCUCUGGAGAGGUUGGCGUCCGUCCAGGACUGUCGUCGUCAGGGAUGCUUGGCACAGAUUUGGCCGUGGCCAAAACGGGCUUGAUGGCCUGUCCGGACAUCAUCAAGGCAUGGGAGACGUUGGGGAGCAGCGAACCUCCAUUGGAUCGGAAUACGUCUCCCUGGAUGUGUCGGAACAACUCGGUGGCCGCAACGAUUGAGGAUCUAUCACAGAACUUUACAUUGAGCUUGCUAAGCAGUCCAAUGCUCAACGGCAACACGACAACAGACGUGGAAGUCAGAUCUCCAAGGAACUACUGGAGAUACAGCCCCGUGGACCUACUGAUUGCGUAUGUUGCUGGAGCUGCUGUGGCGCUGUUCUGUAUCGUGGUUGGUGGCUGGGCGUACAUGUACAAUGGCUACAGUGCCACUUCAUCAUUCUCCAGCAUCCUCCUUACGACCAGAAACCCUGACUUGGACGGCCUGACCGUGAAACAGUGCCUUCCCACCUAUCCGCUACAGGAGAACAUUGGGAAAGCCAAGUUGAAAUUCGGUGUUGUUGGGGGAGCAAAUGGGAUCGAGCAUGCAGCAUUCGGGUUACCUGGAUCGAUGCAACACCUGAAACGGGGUUAUGAAAGCGGCUGA